CGUAGUAUAAGGACCGGCUGGACUUUGGGAAACGGUCAGGGGUUCCCGUUAACCCGUUACGGGGCUAUAUCUCGCCAGCGAUCAAGCCUGGAAGGCGUUCCUCUCGAUCCGGCCUGCCGCCCGUUGGAUGCGCAAAAGGCCUCUUUUCCGCCCGGAUCUCCACGAGGCCGCCUUUGCCAGCAAUUGGGCGAUAGGGGAAUAAAGUUCGCGGGCUGGCGCGACUGGCCGCACGCCUACGUCAGCCACCCAGCCAACGGGGCCGAGCACUUUAUGCCGCUGGCCGUCUGCGCGGGCGCUGCGGGGGAUGGGGUGGCGAAGUCAGAAAAAACAACCAACUCUCUGCCCAAGACCGUCGUGAUAUCGCUCGUCACUUCAUUGCUUGACUCCACCCGCGAUCCUUGUGUUUAUAAAUCUAAACCCCCCCCCAGGUGCGUGCGUCCCCGCGGGGCCGUGGUGGGCGCCGCUGUGGGGGGGCUGGUGAUGGCCCACGUUCCCGCGGCCCCAGCCGGCGCCGUAGCGGAACUCCUUGACGGCGCCGCCUGCGCCGCGGGCGACACGCCUCCGGCGUUUGAUCAGGCAGAACAGCGCCACGAUCGCGGUGAUGAAGGCGGCGCCGCCGAUGACGAUGCCGACGAUGGCGCCGACGCCCCAGAGGGUGACUAA